AUGGCCGCGCCACGAUGUAUGCGCUCUUUUCUGGGGCCGGGGAAGAGGGUCAAGAUUACACAACAACCCGCCUUUACCACACGACCGUGCUUUUCACGGAACAAGAGCACGCGCGCAGAAGAAGACAAUGAGCGCGAUUCGAGAGAGGAUCGGGAUGCGACACUGAUUGAGAAGUUGAGGGUGGGUUUGGAGAGUGGGGAGAUGCCGUUGGAUCAGCGGUUGGAGGAUCUGGGGAUUGAUCCUGUUGAGUAUAAGACACUCUACGCCAGCCAACAAAAAGUCAACAAACGCCAACAAAAGUUUGAGCCUCAGACGCGCAAGGAAGCAGAACGACGAUGGAAGGAACUACAAAACACACCCGAUCAUCUCGGCUUGUUGAAACUGUAUAAACGUGCUGGUAUCGAGCCGAUUAAACUGGCAAAAGAAAACGACAUAACACUCCCCACCGACCCUCCCCCCCUAGACCCGCAAACCGCCCAGGCCCUGGAAUCCCUCCGCACCCCCCUCAACGUCCGCGCUAUCCACCUCCGCCCCCUCCGCCGCACACCUACCCACGGCGUCCCCACCUGCGACCUUCAACUCCGCACCUACAGCGUCCGCGGCCUCAUCCUCUUCGCCGACUUCGCCGUACGCGCCGCCUACUACAUGGGUCUCUGCGCACGAGGCCCCAUCCCCCUCCCCCGCAUAACCGAGCGCUGGACCGUCCCACGCUCAAAUUUCAUCUUCAAAAAGUCCCAAGAGAACUUCGAGCGUGUGACUAUGCGACGGUUAAUUCAGAUACAAGAUGGUCACCCGGAUGUUGUGAAGGCUUGGCUGGCGUUUUUGGUCAAACAUCAGUAUCAUGGGGUGGGUAUGAAGGCGAAUGUUUGGGAGUUUGAGGGCUUGGAGAGUGCGAGGAGGAGGGUUGUGGAGGAGACAGAGGAGCAGGUUUUGGAGAGGAGGAGGGAGGGGGCUGUGUUGAGGAAGGUGGAGGAGAUUUUGGGGAGGGAUGGGUUUAGAGAGAGUAUGGUAGGGUUUAAGGGGAAGGAAGGGGUGGUAUUGAGACCGUAG